AUGACUCAAAGAGCGAAGCAGACCUCGGGGGCAGGCGCCGCCAGUGCAGCCUCCGCGGGAGCAGCCUCCGCCGCGCCGGCCACGCGAGCGGCACGUGAUAAUGAAACAGAAAGAAAAGUACCCAAUCAAGGAAGGCGUGCCGAAAAGAUCGAAGAAGAACCAGGCAAGGUCGUUUCUUUUAAAGUUGAUAGUGAAGUAAAUACUUUGGAAUCACAAAUCAGUGUGACAAACGGAAGGGAUCCAGAUGGAGUCUUAUCAAAAGUGGAAACGUUACGUAAGACAAAUCCUGCAAAAAUGAAAGGGAGGCCAUCCUUCGCACCAGUAGAUUUUCUGUUUCGGCCGCCAGAUGGUCUGAAGAGCUGUGACGUAACACCUAGGACUCCAACAAGUACCGCUACUUUGACAGCCAGUUACAGCUGCAUCUCUUUAAAAACAGAAGUUGAUGAGGCUCCAGAAGUAACAAAAGAAAUGUUGGCACGCAAAAGUAAAACUUCAGGUCAGAAGAAAUGGAAAAGCAUGGGGAGGGCUAUCUGGAGACAGAGCUGGAAUGAGGACUACAGACUGAGAGGGGGACCGAAAUGUAAAUUUGAAGAGAUGAAGAACAUUGAGCGACACUAUCGUGUCUUAAAUAAAAAUGAAACUACUACUGAAAAUUUACGUUGCUUUCCAAUAAAAGAAGUCCCAACACUUGAAAUAGAUGAGGAUCAGACAUCUCAGCAGCGACAUGUGCUGCAUUUCAGGUCUAUUCUCCGAUAUGAAAGAGAGGAAUUAAUACUGACCGACUGCCUUGAGUGGGAAAGGAAGCUUGAAGCAUAUAUUCCAAAUAAAGCAGAAGAUCUUAUUCCCCUCGCAGUUGGUCAAAAAAGACUCCUUAAGGCAGAAAUAUUCAAACAGUUUGAAGAACUGGUGGACAAUUUGGAAUACAAACAAAGCGAAAAGGAUACCACCUGUGCAGACCUGGAUGGAUUCUGGGACAUGGCCAGCUUUCAGAUACAGGAUCUGCGCCACAAAUUCAACAGUCUCACCAAACUUGAGGAGUGUGGAGGGGAGAAAGCCUGCAGUACGAGCAAAGAUGUGUUUCAGGACAAAUUUGUUUCAGGUAUAGCGAGUGAACCAAAACAGGAUGGUGCUGGGAUCGCAGAUGGGGGUCGCCUCGCUGCUGUGAAGAAGGCAGUGAGAGAGAGGAUGCAGCCGGGAGAGCGUGCUGAGGCCGUGGGCUCUGCGGUGCCGAAGGAAGUUGAUCAUAUAAUGUUUGACGCUGGAUCUUUUAGAAUCGAAAGUCCCGUUAAAUCGUUCUCAGCAGUAUUUGAUAAUAAAAAUCUCAUGACUGAAUGCCAUCUUCUUGAUUCACCACGCCCGGGGUGCAGUGAUCCCUUCACGCAGGUGGAGAAGUGACAGGACCACACCAGGCACGCUUCCUUUGGUGGGGGCUUAAUUGCCUUUUCACCUCGAACGCCUCCUAAUGUAAAUCAACCAGAAGAACUAUGAAUUAGAAAAAGCAAAACAUUUGUCAUAAUCUCCAUGCUGCAGUGUAUUCUUCGAAUACUGAAAAGUUAAAGAAUAUGGAUUCAUGUUCAUGUAUAUAGUGUUAUGUAAUGUCUUAAUUGUUAAUAUUUACUAUCAUGUGUUUUAGAUAUGACACUGUUUUUCAGGGGAAG